CCAAUAAUACUCUUUAUUACUCUUUAUUACCCUUUAAUAGUCCUCAAUAGUCCUCAAUAGUCUAAUCAGCCUGCCCGCGUCGUUGUUUAUGCUUCCCCUAACUUUCCCACUCUAAAAAGUUCCCACCACCACACCCCUCUCGCAUCACCACUCACCCACCACUCAAUCUGGGCUCUCUCAACUCAUUCGCUUAGGACCACCUCGCACCAUCGCUGCCCCGGAACCUCAUUCAAUCUCAGCCCGCCAACUUCUUACAACUUCCACAUCAAACUUCCAUUACUUACUACCAUCCUGAAUCACGCGCAUUCUGCAAUUUCAAUACUUCCUCUUCACAUCUACCAACCUCACAUCACAUAAACACCUUCAUCGCAACCAUGGCCACCGAACGCGAAAGCAAGACAUUCCUCGCGAGGCUGUGCGAGCAGGCUGAGAGAUACGAUGAGAUGGUUACAUACAUGAAGGAGGUCGCCAAGCUUGGUGGAGAGCUCAGCGUUGACGAGCGCAACCUUCUGUCCGUUGCCUACAAGAACGUCGUGGGUACCAGACGUGCCUCGUGGCGCAUCAUCUCCUCGAUCGAGCAGAAGGAGGAGUCCAAGGGAACCGAGAAGCACGUUUCCACCAUCCGCGAUUACCGCCAGAAGAUCGAGACCGAGCUCGAGAAGGUCUGCCAGGAUGUCCUUGACGUCCUUGAUGAGUCCUUGAUCCCCAAGGCCGAGUCCGGAGAGUCCAAGGUCUUCUACCACAAGAUGAAGGGUGAUUACCACCGCUACCUGGCCGAGUUCGCCUCGGGAGAGAAGCGCAAGGGUGCUGCCACUGCCGCACACGAGGCUUACAAGAACGCCACCGACGUUGCCCAGACUGAGCUCACCCCCACCCACCCCAUCCGCCUGGGUCUCGCCCUCAACUUCUCGGUCUUCUACUACGAGAUCCUGAACUCGCCCGACCGCGCGUGCCACCUGGCCAAGCAGGCCUUCGACGACGCCAUCGCCGAGCUCGACUCUCUCUCCGAGGAGUCCUACCGCGACAGCACCCUGAUCAUGCAGCUCCUCCGCGACAACCUGACGCUGUGGACCUCCUCCGACAGCGGCGAGGCCGAGGCCGCACCAGCCGCCGAGGCAAAGGAGGCCGAGAAGGCACCUGAGGCCGCCGCCGAGGCCCCCAAGGAGGCUGAGGCGGUCGCCACCGAGACUGCCCCAGCUGCUGAGUCUUAAAUCUUGUCGUCUCACGAGGCCCCGUUCCGCAACUUCCCCCCUGCACACAGUCCGUCAUCAGUGUCUUAAUCUAGUCAGCGCGAGCAUUUGAUGCGGAUCUGAGGCGGCGGGGGGCGUUUGCUGCGAACGUACGAAAUACAUGCGAUUUGCGAAUACACCAUCCUGCGAUCCUUGAUAUCAUGGUUUUUCUCCUUUUUCCCUCUCUCUGCCCAACGUCCCCCCCCACUUCCCUGCCCCUUUGCGAAAUGUUAUUUUUGUUUUGCCCUGUUUAACACGGUUUCUCUCACACCAACAACGCGGGUUUUUGUCGAUGGAAAAGGCGACGGCUCUUCCGGAAACUCCUUUCGGCGUCCUUUGAUGAGAUUUCGGAUGCGGUAACUCACACAAAUGGAUGGUUAUAAUCUGCCCAGGGGAUUGCUUUGAUGAAUGGUGGUGCUCAGCGGGGACGGGUAUCUUCGAUACUUCAAUCCUGCUGGGAACUAUCCUGAAUCAACCUUUGUUGCGUUUGCCAUAGCGGGUAGUCUGUCAAACUGUUACUUUACCUUUUGUGUUUAUCGGAGCCCGUCUGGAGGAGUGGGUGUGGGGUGGGCAAUGAAAUUCACAAAACAUAU